UUGGUCUAUGGACGUCGGCUUCCAUGGAGGAGAAUCCAUGUAACUGAUAAGCUGGCAAGAUAUCCUAUGCCCACCUUCAAUGGUUCCAGGCUGGUAGCUUCUCCAUCAUCACCAAAGCUCCUGUCUUUCCGAAACCCCAAUAAUCCAUCCUACACACAAGGGGUUUCUGCAGCUUCCAUGAAAGAAACUUCAGCAAGCUGCAAGGAAUUGUGUUUUUCAGGACUGUUACGCUCAUUCUCUGCACUGAAAUCAUUCUCUGACAAAGUGGGAGAUGCCUUUGCCAAACUAAGUUCUUCAAUUAAGCAUAGAAAAGAUCAUCAGAAUCUUAAGAGGAGAUUGUUAGAGGCCAUGAAACAGAGAGGCUAUUCGAACCAAAACACCUUCAGAUCAAUCAAUAGCAUCAUCAUGUGGUUCCCGCAUUUCAAAGAAGGGUUGCAAAAUAUCAAGAAUAUCUUUGAAAAAUGUGAUGAGGAUUCAAAUGGCACGAUGGAUCAUGAAGAACUAAAGAAGUGCCUGAGAAUGCUGCAAAUCCAACUUUCGGAGAAGGAUAUCGAUCGUCUUUAUCAUUACUGUGACAUGGAUGAAAACAAAGGAAUACAAUACCAUGAAUUUAUUGUUCUCCUUUGCUUUGCUUAUCUUCUGGCAGGACCUGACUCUGCAACUAAUAAUAUGUCAAAUUCUGCAUCACGACAUGUUGAAGCCACCUUUGAUAAGCUUGCAGAAGCAUUUGCAUUUCUUGACAAAAAUGGUGAUGGAAAGCUGGAUAAGAAGGACAUCAUUCUGGCACUAAACGAAGCACCUUCAAAGGAGAAAUCACCAACUCAUAUUACAAGCAGAAGAUUCAAAGAAAUGGACAGAAACAAGGAUGGAACAGUGUCUUUCAAAGAGUUCCUUUUCUCCGUGAUAAAAUGGAUUGGAAUAGACACAGAUCAUGAGAAAGAACCUCUGAGAACCAUUGAAGUUUGGUAACACAAGCUUUAUGUUUGUGCUGCAGAUGGAAUUAUUUUCUGCCUUUGGAAAUCCACAACUUUCGUGAUUCACAAGAUGAAUAAAGCAAAGUUCCAAAAAGUUUUGGGUGAAGACUUGGCAUCAGAUUCUGACCAAACUCCUUUUAACUUUCUGGAAUUCUUGCAGCAAAAGAUAUGGAUGAUGGAGACAUUUGGAAAGCUACAGAGCAACACAUUGUUCUAAUGUCCUCAUGAAGAAUCUACAAUGUAAUGUAGAUACAAUCGACAUUGUGUUCCUUCUGCAACAUUUGUAUCUCUUGAUCAGAUCUCAGAAACAGGACUGUGUUGCCGAAGAAUGCCUACUUGCAGUGAGCAGAUUCACAAGCUAAAGAGUGACAAGCAGUAUUUACAAAGACAAAACAAAGAUCUCACAGCACGGUUUUGAGUACACAAAAAUGAGCUCUGUAUCUGAGAUCUUACUGUAUGCCAAGAGCUUGUAUUCUCCUGACCAUUGACAGGGAAGAAGCGUUCUUCUCA